AAGCCCCACCAGAGGAGAGGGAUCAAGCCUGAUUUCCUGUUGCCCAGUGGAUGCCUCCGAACUCCAGCCAUGGGAGAAUGGACCAUCCUGGAGCGCCUCCUGGAGGCCGCCGUGCAGCAGCACUCAACUAUGAUCGGAAGGAUCCUGCUGACAGUAGUGGUGAUCUUCCGUAUCCUGAUCGUGGCCAUCGUCGGGGAGACAGUGUACGAGGACGAGCAGACCAUGUUCAUCUGUAACACCCUGCAGCCCGGCUGCAACCAGGCCUGCUACGACAAGGCCUUCCCCAUCUCCCACAUCCGCUACUGGGUCUUCCAGAUCAUCCUGGUGUGCACGCCCAGCCUCUGCUUCAUCACCUACUCUGUACACCAGUCGGCCAAGCAGAGAGACCGGCGCUACUCUUUCCUCUAUCCCAUAAUGGAGAGGGACUACGGGGGAAGGGACGGGGCGCGAAAGCUUCGCAACAUUAACGGUAUUCUAGUUCAGCAUGGCGGCGAUGGCGGUGGAGGGAAGGAGGAACCCGACUGCCUGGAGGUGAAGGAGAUCCCCAACGCCCCGCGAGGCCUCACCCACGGGAAGAGCUCGAAGGUUCGCCGACAAGAAGGGAUCUCCCGCUUCUACAUCAUCCAGGUGGUGUUCAGGAACGCGCUGGAGAUCGGGUUCUUGGCGGGCCAGUACUUCCUGUACGGCUUCAGCGUGCCGGGGAUCUUCGAAUGCGACCGGUACCCGUGUCUCAAGGAGGUGGAGUGCUACGUGUCCCGGCCGACGGAAAAGACGGUGUUCCUGGUGUUCAUGUUCGCCGUGAGCGGCAUCUGCGUGGUGCUCAACCUGGCCGAGCUCAACCACCUGGGCUGGCGCAAGAUCAAGGCCGCCAUCCGGGGCGUCCAGGCCCGCAGGAAGUCCAUCUGUGAGAUCAGGAAGAAGGACAUGGCGCACCUGUCCCAGCCGCCCAACCUGGGGCGCACGCAGUCCAGCGAGUCAGCCUACGUCUGACCACGAAGAAGAAGAAGAAACAAAGAGGGGAGGAGUGGGAUGAAUGUGCAAGAGAAAGAAUGAAUUAAUUAUGUUUGUUGGAUGGAUGGUGUGGAGGGUAAAGCAAGAUGGCUGCUCCUCUGCGAUGUUGGGAUGAAACAGAAUGUAUAAAGACCGAACCUCCUCCAGACUCUAUGACUUUGUAAGUCACUGGAGAGUAGAAGAAUAAUUUAAAAAAGCAUGAAAGGAGGACAAAAAGUUCUCUAAUGCAAAAACAUUUUGUUCUCAACGGGGAGAUAAUCCAACUGCCAUUUUAUACUUUUGUCUUUUUUAACUAAUUACUUCUCCGCCCCUCGUUUCCUUUAAUGGGAGGAAUUAGUUCCUCGAGGGGCUGAAGAGGGCAAGACUAGAGAUGAGAAGAGAUGAGAGGCUGUUUUGUAGUUCUGUUGGAAGACAGAGACAGCUGGCGUUUGAUGCAUCCCAUGGUGCUUUUCUUCUGGACUGUGUCAGCCUCGGUGAAAACAAAAGAACGGAAGAACUGUCAAAGCCGUGAUGGACUCUGGAGGACAACGUUUGCGAGUCGAAGGGAAGGUGUCGCACUCUGGGAAAACAGAAACAACUGAGGAGGGAGAGAGAAGAGGAACUCGAGGUUAGACCGAAGCCAAGACCAGACCAGCAAGACCAGAGCUGCCUCUGAUCAGUGUCAGCCUCGCCUCUGCUGGAACAUUGUCACAAGCCAAAACCGAGAGAAAAAGACUGACGAUGUUUAUGUUUUGUCUCUUGGCAAAAGAGGAUUUUAACACAAACACAGCGAGUACCAUAAACAACUUUUUUUUCUUUCCUCUCCCUUCCAUCUCUCGCUCUCUCUUUCUGCUCGACGGUUGGCAGCUAUAUAAGACUCCUUCGGAUGACAGUAAUGACCCUCGCUGCUCUCCCGCCACGUAAACCUUGGAGAGGAACUAACGAACAAAUGAACAAACAGCGCGAUAAACGUCAGUCUCUCCCGAAGCACAAACCAAACUUCCCUCCUUUCCUUCCAGCAUUCCUGUGGUGCUGAGAGACAAAGGAGGGAUGGAAAGAAAAGGAGGAAGAGAACGGGAGUUCAUGGGAAGGGGGGACCGAUCACUUUAUUACAACUUUAAACAAAUUUUAUAAAAUAUAUCACCGUUUUUUUUUUUUGUUUGUUUGUUUUUUGUUUUUUUGAGAAAGCGAUGGUGCCAUCCUUGAGUUACAUAGAGUAUAACAUGGUAAUAUUAUUUAUCCAUUUAGAAUAUAUCCAAAUAGAUUUAUUUAUCUUUGCGGGGCGGGUUGGUCGGGGCAUCAUGUUGCUGUUUUUUCAAAUGUAUAAACUGUCUGUCUUUUUUUUCUUUUUCUUUUUUCUUUUUUUUGUUUAGUUUAAAGCAUUUCUCACUGAUGGAACUGAUAAUGACAUGUAUGGGGUGGGAAGGGACGAGUAGUGAGCUUUCUUUUGAAAUGUUUUGAGGCUAUGCAGCUGAUUUUUCUUUUUUCACUUGCGACAAAUUUGGAAAAUGUGAUUGCAGUUGUUACUUAAAGUAACAUUAUGUAACUUUUUGCUGAGCAGGAGUGCCCUCUGCAACUUGAGAGGAGUAAAUAAUUCUGUUGGGCUCUGAGUCUGACUGGUUAAAAGGUUUUCAUGCACAGAAAACACAGCCUAUCAUUUUCAAAAUGGUGCAUAUUACCCACGAUCCCCUGCUUGUGGAGCAGGAAGUACUGUCGCUGUAACAAACACACCAAACUCCAUUCAAAAUUCUUGAUAUUUUCAAAGCUUCCUUGCUGGAUAUCAGAGAUGAACACUGCUUUUUAAUGACUUUUCUGUCUUUUUAACUGAUCUACAGUUCAGCAUUACUCUUGAACUUGCUGGGCCUGAUUCCAGCAGUUUAAGCCGCUGACUAUCACUCAGUUAGAGGAAGAUCGAACAGGUGCUCAUUGUCCCUAUUACAAGUCUGUGUUAUUUUAAGGUAAAAUAGUUACAUAACGUUGCUUUAACUGCAUGCAACAUGCAGAACAAUGCAGCUGAUAAACAUCUGCAUGUGUUUUCCUACAGAGAUUUAAAAUCAGCUGCACAGCUUCAGGCAGUUAAGGCCUGUGAGCCAUUUGAAAAAGGCAUGUUUACACGAAGCGAUGUUUCUUGAUGAAGCUGUGUAACCAAUGAGUAGUAACUCUCUAGGGACAGUCGUGUUUUUGAAUCUCAGUGGUUUUCAAUUUUUUGCAUUUCUUUCCUGACUGGAUUUCAGCAUGCAUGCCUUGUAAGAGAAAAGUAAAAGAAUGACAUGAAAGACAUAGAAAAAGAUAAUGAUGAUCGAGAGUGAUGCACCUUGAAUAAUGCAGACGAAUGGGAGAGUGGCAGACUGAAGGAACUCUCAUUGGGAUAAAGGCUGUGUUCGUGGACACACUAAAAAAAGGGAACUAUCACACUGCGAGCCUGUGAAACCACAUAUAGGGACAGUUCAGUGGACUGUGUUCAGGAAAUUAGAUUAUUUAACAUGACAUGGACACACACAGAAACACAUUAGGCCAGCAUGCAAUUGUCCUGUUGUGGAGGAGGCUUGAGUGACAGAGACAAGCACAAAACAGCUACACAAACUCUGAUUUUCUCUGUUAAAAUCAUUGAGCAAACCUGGUGUAAAAAUACUGUAGCAGAUCAGUGUUCUGUGCUUUAGCUGUGGCCAAGAGAAUCUCAUCUACCACUGCAAACUGAAUGGCCUUAUGUAGCUCAACACUGCUGUAGCUUAACACUGCCACGUUUAGGGGUUUGAUUCUUACAGGGGUCACCCAUGCACUAAUGCUAGUCUCUCACAACUUAUCUUAAUGACGCUACAGUACUUCAUCUUCUGUCAGUAGACUGCAGGGUUAAAUGUUAAAAAUGCUAAAGAACACCUUUGUAUAAAAAGAUUUCUAAUUUAAUUUUUGUUCUUAUCCACUUUCCUUCAACUUGCCUUAUCUUUUUUUUUUUUAGCUUCAGCUGGUGAUUUCCUACAUUUCCCACAAUGCCUUUGGACAACUCCCAGUUCACGAUGCUCAUGGCAAAUAAAGCAAAAAAAGGUAAACACCUUGCAUCAGUACCGGCCACACAAAGAGGGAUGUUAAAUCAAAUAAGGUUCAGCAGCAGAUUAUUGUCAUUGUUUAAAGUGCAGUUUUUACUCAAACGCAAGAGGAUUAGGGACAUGUGAAAAAUAUUUUUUGUUUGUUUUUUUACUUUGAGCACAGAAUUCUGACGAAAAAAAAAGUCAGAACUCAAUUCUGCCUUUUUUCACUUAGAAUUCUGAGAUCAAAGUCAGAAUUCUAAACAAAAAGAGUAAGAAUUCUCAGUUGUGGGGUUUUCCCGCAGAAGAUCAAAGUCAGAAUUAUAUAUAUAUAAAAAAAGGAGUUAGAAUGCUAUGACUUUUUUUCAGAGGAUUCUAAGAUCAAAGUCAGAUUUCUAAGAAACGGGUCAGAAUUCUGAGAUCAAAGUCAGAAUUCUAAAAAAUAAUAAUUAAUGAUAAUUCUCUCCCAGUAUAUUUUCCACAUGUGGCACCCGUCUUUUUCCGUAUACUAAAGAUUUACAGCUAAAUGUAAAAUCUUCACAACCACCUGCUCUGAAUAUAAAUUGACAUGACAGUGAGUAAUACCCUAAGCAUCAUAAACACAUUAGCCAGAGCUAUAUUAUGUCUCUGAGCAACAGCUGAUGUAGCCUCAGAAAUCCCCCUCAACUCUCUGUUUCUCCAUUCAGUCCCUGUGACAUAAUCUCAGUGAUUCUUACAGGUGAUUAUCCCCAGAUUUAGACUCCUCUGAGGAUCUCUAUGGGGCUCAGUGGGAUCGGUGCAGUCUACUGUAUGCACUAGGAAGGACAAAGACACUGACAGGGCAUGCCAGAAUGCCUAAUAAUAGAGGCUGAGUCUUGGCUUUCCUCAGUUACUGUGAGAGCUUGUGCCUCUAGCGAGGGCUUAAACGCUGACCUUGAGCUUAAAGGCCAAGCCGAUGUCCUGUACUCUCCUGCUGGAGAGUCCCUGCACAGCACAGCAUUGAUCUAAUCUCCACGGAGCACAGGUCAACGCUGUGAGCUCUAUUUUUAGUGAAUAGUACGUACACUCGUUCCCACUGUACAUCAGUUCUAGGAAAAACAAACAAAUCUGAAUGUGGGGACAGUUUGAGUACACUUUACUCCUCUUGGACUCUGUCAUUAUGUCUGGUUUCAUUCAGGCCCGAAACAUAAACAAAGAGCUCGGGGACCAUAAAUGUGUCCUGGUUUUCUUUGGUUUACAUUCAUCCAGCAUUGAUUAGUGACUCACGACUUCAGUCAGUGGGUACACGGCCUCCCAAAGUCCCUAGAUAUUCCAACAGUCCACUACUCUCCACUGUCGUCUACUUUUCUAUUUGUCAAUGUGAAAUGAAUUAUGCAACUUGUUUUUUUUUCUCAUUUGCUUAUCUUUUUUGACUUGUGGAUUAAUUUUGUUGUCUGUUGCUCUUUUUGUGCAGUGACAUAUCAAAAAAAAAAGAAAGAUGUUUUUUCUAUGUAAAGGAACAAAAAGGUUUUUUUUUCAAUGUGUAAAAAUCAAGGGUAGAGUGUUCAAAUAUAAGACUAGCAGAAAAAUACGUUAUAUUUCCUCCCUUGCCAAAGUGAUAUACAAAAUUUAAUUAAUUUUCAAAGAUUUUUUAAACUAACUGCAUGUGUAACUGCUAGAAUAAGCAUGUUUCUAUGUUUUCUUCAACAGAAUCUUUAAAGAAAGAAAGACUUUUUUUAGUCCAAACUAUGGAGCAAAGCUAUUACGUCUUGAUGCAAAGUGUGUAUAUUAAUAACCCAGUUCUUCAGACGAUACAGAGCCAGACAGACAAUACCAACUCAGUGAUGUUUAAACUACCUAUUACAGCUUAUCAGUCUCAGAUUUAAAAAAAAAUUAAAAAAACACCACAUACAAUACAUCCUCUACUUUAAAGGAAAUUUGCACAUGAAUAUAUAUGUCUUUAUAAGAGAGUUUUGAUCUAUAAAUCAGUGAAAACACAGGGUACCAUGAGAUGUCAGACACCAGAACAUUCCAGGGUUUAAUCCCCAGCACAACGUCAAAUUAACAUUUACAGCUUUUUAGUGUGUAAAUACAAUUAAUCCUCUGCAAAGCUCUUAUCUAAGAGAGAGAGACAACGUAUUGGGGGUACAGUACACCGACUGCUGACUCAGGACAAUAAUGCUGAUCUUAUACACCAAUCUUUUCUAGUAAAAACGCUGUUUCUACGUCAGCAGCACUUUUAUAGAAAUGGCGUUACAACAUGUCAGCAUGCUUUUCAUUUACCAUCUAACCUUGUGCUGUAAAGCCCACCCCCAGGAAAACUGCCCUCAAGCCUGAUUUAUUUUACCCGUUGGUGCUAUCAAGGUUUGACCAAACACAUCAGUUCAGAUACAUUCCCUCGUCUCCAGCUCACGACGACGCCACACACCACAGGUCAGGUAGCAAAGCAGACCACCUUAAAAAAUCAAACCGUUAACUCUUGACUGUUACUAACAAACAUCAUCGUCACUCCGCAAACUUUACACUCAAGUCCAGUAGCAAACGAUUUGAUUCCUCAGGAAGGCAACAGCUGUUUCAUUCAUUGAUUAACUACAUUUCUCUUUAUACUGCCGCCACGAGGACCUUAGAUUAACUUAGUAAUCACGUGAUGUAGCCAAUCCUAAGGGCUGGUUAGAGGAAGUUUAGGAAACGCCCCGUUCAUACGAUGCGUCCAAGGGCUCCUUAGAUAUUACAAAUUAAAAAGCCAUAUUUUUAAAGAAGAGAAAGAAGAGACUUGGCGCUCUACUUUGAAAGAGUACAACAGGCCAAGAUUAAUCACAUUCAUAUGUGGUCAAUUAGAUGAUUUAAAUUUUAGCAUUUAAAUUGAAAAUUAGACUUCUCGUUCCAAAUGAAAAAGCUUUUUACUGUGUUUAACCGAAUGAGAAAAUGUAAGACAUAUAAAGCUCCUUUUAUCCAGAUGUUCAGCUUCAAUUUUCAUUUUACACUGAAGUAAAACGCUCCCUCCUCCCUCCUCUGCCGUCCCAGCAGCUGGAUUAUUAUUAUUAUUAUCAUUAUUUCGACUGUUUCAGGGUGCAGGGAAGGACCUCCCGACCUCUUGCUAAUCUGUCAUGAUAUCAGUCGUGAUUACUUCAUCUAAUUACGCUGAGUGGCAGAUCCAGGCGGAGUGGAGUUUAAACGGCCAUCCGGAUUUGAACCCUCCCAUCCCCCCCGUCCUGUUCCCCAACUCUCGGGGUUGCGGAUGUGCGAUUAUGACCUGAGAUAGCUUCAGUCUCUGACUCUAAAAUUCACUAAACUCCAGAUUGUUCAUUUAUAGGGACUGAAUUGGAAAAAGGGAUGAACAGAGCUCGAGUCUUUUCCAGACCACCCUUGAGCAGCGGCGGCGGCAGGAGGAGCUUUGUCAAGUUUAGCCAAUAUUUGGCGUCCUGUAGCAGUGAUCAAUAUUUAAGGGAUCAGAAAAGGGGAAAAAAAUCAACAACCUUAGCCCGAGGAACUAAUUCAGUUAUCUGUAACAUCUGUACAGAUGUAAAAACACGGACUGAAAACAGGAACUACACACUCACGCUUUGUAACCUUCAUCUGAAAAUCUGUCGUUUGUUUUUCCGGACUGCAGAUUUUAUGGUGUACCUGCCGGACCUUCGCCGAAGGUUCACUGUAUAUUUCUGACUGGUGUACUGUAUGUAAAGACUGAAUAAAACCUUGAAUGUUA